CCCUCAGUCAGUCACUGCGCUGCACUGGAGCCUAUUGGAGACACGGGAUGAUCAGGGAGUUGUUCUCAGAGAGACGUUUGAAUCUCAGAUAGACUUGGAAGCUUGUUUUGGGUGGCUGUAUGUACUCGGUGAUAGGAGCUGGCGGUCGACAGGAGUUGGCAUGUUCUUGAACACAACUUCUCCCCGGAGGUCGUUCAGCAUCCCCAUUAACAUCAACCUGCAGGGGGCUCGCAGGCGGCAGACACGGGAGCUCCCCCACACCGCAGCGGUGCAGGAGCAGGAGUGGAGCGGAGGGGUGGAUGGACGUGGAGCGCAGCGAGGUCGGACCCAGAUCCUGGUGUCGAGUGUCGGGGAGGACAGAGCCAUCCUGCUGGGCUUCACCAUGAUGGCCUUCUCGGUGCUCAUGUUCUUUGUGGUCGGCAUCACUGUGGUCAAACCCUUUAUUAACAGCCACUGGGAGGAGGAGGCCGGCUGUGUGCUGGUGCAGGCCGACAUCCUAACAGAGUGGGUGGACUGCAGAGGUGUGAGCACCGUGCCGUGCCUCAGGGCCGCCGUUAACUUCACAGGCUCCAAUCAAAGUGCCUUUCUUCACCUUGACGAAGAAUCGGUCCUCCUCGCUCCUGAGUGUUUCUACGUACCCAAAUGUCAGAUGGACAGAGUGGAUCUCCAGGCUGAAGUCCACAGGGUGAAAGAAGUCCUGGACACUCAGCUGGGCAGCACCUCGUCAUGCUUCAUCGACCGCACGAGGCACCCGGGGGUCGUCCUCUUGAGCAGGAAGUACACGCUGAAGAAGGCCCUGCUUGCGCUGCUGUGGCCCUGUCUGACGCUGGGUGGCGGCGCUCUGCUGGUGGGCCUCGUCAAGCUGACGCAGUGCUUGGCUCGUCUGUCCGCUGAGAUGUGCAGCGAGGGUGCAGGGAGCCGGCUGACAUCGAGAAAUGCCCAGGGCAAAUUGUACCGACUCCUCCGGAGGUCCAGCAUGCAGACGCCCUCUUGACAUAUUCAGCGUAUGUGCUGCCAAAAAACUGUAAGAACAAGCCAAAACACAGUUUCACGUCAAGUGGGAAUCAGGGCCAGUGUGUAUAAAGGCCCCACAGGGUAGAUUUAAGUUUGCCAUUAUUAUUCUAAUUAAGAUUAAGUGGCACACAAAAAAACACGUUCAUUGGAAACAUGACUCAUUCCUUUAGUGAUG